UUAAUAUGCGCUGAGUAAUGCCAAGCAUUUGUGAGUUUUGUUGAAGGAAGAAGAUGAAGAAUGUGAAGCUGCUGAGCUCGUGGGUGAGCUAUUUUGGAAUGCGAGUGCAGAUUGCCUUGGAAGAGAAAGGCGUCCAAUAUUCAUACCAGGAAGAAAUUUUUUUGAUAAAACACAACUACUUUUGAAAAUGAAUCCCAUCUACAAAAAGAUACCUGUUCUCAUUCAUGAGGAGCAGCCUGUGGUGGAGUCACUCAUAAUUCUCCAGUAUAUAGAUGAGGCAUGGCCAUCCCCAUCUUCCAACAAAAAUUUGCUGCCAUUAAAGCCCUACGAUCGAGCCACUGCAAGGUUCUGGGCAGAUUUUAUAGAUAAAAAGUUUUAUGAUGCAGGAUCACGUAUAGUAAGGGGAAAGGGAGAAUCUCAGAAAGAAGCUGCAAAUGAUAUGUUGAAAGUAUUGGAGGUCUUUGAAAGUAGGCUUAGGGAAAACGGAAAGCCUUACUUUGGAGGAGAGGAAUUUGGUUUUGUGGACGUCGCUUUCAUCCCGUUUACCAGUUGGUUCCAUACAUAUCAAAAUGUGGGUGAGUUUGAGAUGGGAUUAGAAGAGAAUUUCCCAUGCAUGGAUAAAUGGGUGAAGAGAUGCAUGGAGAGGGAAAGCGUGAAAAAGGUUCUUCCUCCCCCUCCCAAGGUCUUAGACUAUAUCCUUCACCUUCGCAAGCAAUUAGGAAUUGAUUAGUAUAAUGU